AUGGCCGGCGCGCUGCGCAUCGGCAUCAUCUACCUGGUGUCGGGCGUGGCGGGCAACCUGGCCUCGGCCAUCUUCGUGCCCUACCGCGCCGAGGUCGGUCCGGCCGGCUCCCAGUUCGGCCUGCUGGCCUGCCACUUCGUGGAGGUGAUCAACGUGUGGCCAAUGCUGCAGCGGCCGUGGCGGGCGCUGCUACGCCUGGGCGGCCUCACCAUGGUCCUCUUCCUCAUCGGUUUGCUGCCCUGGGUGGACAACUACGCGCACAUCUUCGGCUUCAUCGUCGGCUUCCUGCUGUCGUACGCGCUGCUGCCGUACGUCAGCUUCGGCCCGUACGACAGGGCGCGCAAGAAGGUGCUGAUCGCCGUGUGCGUCACCACCGUGACGUUGCUGGUGCUCUUCCUGCUCGUGCUCUUCUACUAUCUCAACUGCCUGCCGCUGACGCGGGACUUCUGCGCCGAGCAGAACAUCAACUUCGACCGGCGGACCGAGUUGUGA